AUGUCGGUAGUCAACGAAGAUGUUCUCUGGCUUGAACCACUUCUCAUCGAAAAUGAUAUUGAAACAAUGAAAACAACAUUAGCUUAUCAAAUAGGAUUAUUAUCAUCAUCACCAUCAUUAUCAAAUAUUUCUUCUUCAUAUUUACCAAUUUUAACUAAUUCAUCAUCGAUAACUACAUUACUUUCUAAUGACAAACGUUUCCUUAUACUUAAAUGGUCUGUUCGAAUUAUUGGUUGUUUAUUAAUUAUUGUUGGUGGCAUUGGAAAUACACUUUCUGCUUUAACACUUAGUCGUAAAAAAUUACGAACACAAGUUACAUCAGUUUAUCUCAUUGCUUUAGCAUUAUCCGAUCUCGUCCGAAUUGAUCCCAAUCGAAAUAUGCGUUUAUACAGCAAUUUAUCUUGUAAACUUCAUAUAUUUUUCACUUAUUAUUUUAUUAAUUUAUCUCCAACAUUACUUGUUGCUGUUAGUGUUCAACGUUAUCUUGCUAUAGCAAAACAUCAUUAUUCAAAAAAACAUUGUACUGUUAAAAAUGCUUAUACUGUUAUUGGUUUAAUUUGUUUAAUAUCGUUUUUUAUUGAAUUACAUUGGGGUAUUUUUUAUGAACUUCAAUUAGUUCCUAUUAGACAAACUUCAACAUAUUUAAAUCGUACAAUAUCAUUUCGACAUGUAUGCAAUACAUCGUUAAAUUAUCCAACUUAUCUUAAAUUUCGUUCAAAUAUAUUAGGUUAUAUUCAAUGGUUUUUGUUUACAUUAUGUCCAUUUAUAAUAAUGUUAAUUCUUAAUUCAUUAAUAUUAAAUGUAAUUGCAUCAGCACGUCGUAUACAACAACAUACAAAUCAAAAAAAUCAACGUAAAAAAGCUAAACAACGAAAUUUAACAAUUAUGCUUUUAUCUGUAUCAUGUGUAUUUAUAUUAUUAACAGCACCAGCAUCAACAUUUAUGGCAUUUGGACAUUUAUUUAAAAAUUUACAUGGACGAAAUUCACAAUCAUUAUGGACAAUGUUUUCAUUAAUUUAUUAUACAAAUACGGCAGCAAAUUUUUUACUCUAUUUUUUAACAGCUAAUGUUUUUCGACAAGAACUUCGUGUUAUGAUAUCAUCAUUACCUGGAUGUUCGAAAAUUUUACCUGAACAAUUUCAAAUUCUACAAAAUAAUACAAAUAUGAGUGGAGGAGUUAGAUUAACGCCAGUAGGAAAAGCACAAUUGACAACUAAUCCUGUGAUUACAUCGGCAACAAUACUUUGUGAAGAUGAAAAUAUCAAUGGAAUUAAUCGAAAGUAUGAUGUAAAUAAUUUAUUAACAGUUAAUCCAAAUAAUCGUUUACUGAGUAUAACUUAUACUGUAAAAGAUAAUUGUGGAAAUUCAGAUGAUGAAAAUUCUCGAUUAUAA